CGGGCGGGGUAGGCUGUGUUAACAGAGUUAACAGUUAUUUGUACAGACAUUUUAUAGUCAGAUUUAAAGUACACAACAUGCCCAGACGUCGUCGACCCCGUUGUAAGGUGAAACCCUUGAUUGCACUGUGCCAGGAUCAGGCAACAGCCGGGGACAGCGAUGGCAGCCAGGAUGAUCAACUGAAUGAGAGUAAAAGCGACGACCUGGACACGCCCACAGCUGUGGCUACCCAUCCACAUCCAUAUAAUACCGCAAGUCUGCUACCCGAUUGGGAGUACAAACACUUUCCGGAACUGCACAAUCAGCUGCCGUGUUUGCCCACAUUCGCAGAUGUCUUCGGGCAGCAUUCGGAGGUCAUCUUCCAGGAGCACAGGCCACAGAGCAACGCAACAACGGAUCGUCAACUUCGCGCUACGUUGUUGCCCGAUUUCUUUGGCCUUGCCGGUCUCGUGGCUAAUUUGCGUGCUCCGCGGGGGAAUGUUGUGAAUGCUGUGCAAUUGGCCAUUGGCGAGGAUCUGACCACAUUCGGGUUAGAUUUGACCAGUCAGGGUGACAUCUAUGUGCACUUUAAUGGCCCCUUUACACAGCAGCCAGCAUCUCGAAGCUCAGCGAAUUGUGCCUUGGAGUUGGGCAUGCGGGGAAUGCGGGAUGCCAUGAACAAGUAUCCGACCCGACCUCCGAUCUGGGAACCGUUUGUACCUGAGACCAGGGAUUUGGGUCUGUUGUUUCCGGUGCCGAAGUUUGCGCAGCAAUCGCGUAAAAAAUCUGCCUAGUUUGAUGUCCAUUGGCACCUUUACAAAUUGUUGUUUUAUUGUCUUUGGUUAUUUGUCAGCCAGCUCAUAUUUCGCUUAUCAUUAAACAAAUACAUAUAUUUUAAACAAUC